UUCUUCUUCUUCUUGUCGCCGCACCAGACCUUAAAACCCUAGCGUAUCAGCGAGUUUAGAGAGACAAAAAUGACGACUCGCUUGAGGAAGAACAGGAAGAAGCGUGGUCACGUAAGUGCCGGUCACGGUCGUAUCGGCAAGCACCGAAAGCAUCCUGGAGGUCGUGGAAAUGCAGGAGGUAUGCACCAUCACCGUAUCCUUUUCGACAAAUACCAUCCAGGUUACUUCGGUAAAGUGGGUAUGAGGUAUUUCCACAAGCUUAGGAACAAGUUCUAUUGUCCGAUUGUUAACAUCGAUAAGCUCUGGUCACUUGUUUCUCCUGAGGCAAAGGAAAUCGCUACUACAGACAAAGUUCCAGUUAUUGAUGUAACCCAGUUCGGUUAUUUCAAGGUUCUAGGAAAGGGUGUUCUUCCUGAGAAUCGGCCUGUUGUUGUUAAGGCUAAGCUUAUAUCUAAGGUUGCUGAGAAGAAGAUUAAGGAAGCUGGAGGCUCUGUUGUUCUCACUGCUUAGGUUUGCUUCUUUUGUAAUCGAUUUGGUUCAGUUAUGAGUUUACUUUUGCUGCUACAUUAAGUUGGUUUACUCUUGAAUUGUUCAAUGAAUGGAUUUGGAUUUGAUCUGUUUGUUUAUGUUUGGUUAUAUCAUUAUUGUUUCAAAAGGAUGAUCAUUUAGCAGAAAAGCCUUUGAUUUUUUUCAGUUAAACCAAUGUUUGAUGAAUUAUCAUCAUUGGGCAAGUGUUGUGUUUAAAA